UCGAGGUUGUUGAUCGAAAGCAUAGUUUAAUCUGCCGAUUAGCCUAAAUGUCUCUAUUAAGUAGGUUCUUUUACAAGAGACCACCAGAUGGGUUGCUUGAAUUUGCUGAUAGAGUUUAUGUUUUUGAUUCAUGUUUUUGCACUGAGGUGUUGGCGGAUGGGUUGUAUCAGAUCUUCUUGCAUGAAGUCAUCAACGAUUUACACGAAGAGUUCCCGGAAUCGUCGUUUCUAGCUUUCAAUUUCCGAGAAGGGGAGAAAAAGAGUGUCUUUGCUGAAACUCUCUGUGAAUAUGAUGUUACGGUUCUUGAGUAUCCGAGGCAGUAUGAAGGCUGCCCUUUGCUCCCUUUGUCAUUGAUUCAGCAUUUUCUCCGUGUUUGUGAGAGUUGGCUUGCUCGUAGGAACCGUCAGGAUGUGAUUCUUCUUCACUGUGAAAGAGGAGGCUGGCCACUUUUGGCUUUUAUUCUUGCUAGUUUUCUGAUUUUCAGGAAAGUUCACAGUGGUGAGCGCAGAACUCUUGAGAUUGUGCAUCGAGAAGCUCCCAAGGGUCUCUUGCAGCUGCUCUCGCCGUUAAAUCCAUUCCCGUCUCAACUGCGUUAUCUUCAGUAUGUAGCAAGGAGAAACAUAAAUCCUGAGUGGCCACCUCCUGAAAGAGCUCUUUCCUUGGAUUGCAUUAUUAUUCGAGCUAUUCCAAACUUUGACUCUCAACAUGGCUGCAGACCAAUUAUACGUAUUUUUGGAAGAAACUAUAGUAGCACAGCUGGUCUUUCCACGGAGAUGGUGUAUUCUAUGUCCGAUAAGAAAAAACCCCUUCGCCAUUACCGACAGGCAGAAUGUGACGUUAUCAAGAUUGACAUCCAGUGCUGGGUUCAAGGAGAUGUUGUACUGGAGUGUGUGCAUAUGGAUUUAGAUCCAGAACGAGAGGUUAUGAUGUUUCGUGUGAUGUUCAAUACUGCAUUUAUCAGGUCCAACAUACUAAUGUUGAACUCUGACAACUUGGAUAUUCUUUGGGAGGCCAAGGAUCAUUACCCAAAAGGAUUUCGAGCAGAGGUCUUGUUUGGAGAAGUUGAGAAUGCCGCGCCUCAGAAAGUUCCAACCCCGAUAGUAAAUGGUGAUGAGACUGGUGGAUUGCCCAUUGAAGCCUUUUCUAGAGUUCAAGAACUUUUUAGCGGUGUGGAUUUGGCUGAGAAUGGAGAUGAUGCUGCGUUGUGGUUGCUGAAACAACUUGCUGCCAUAAAUGAUGCGAAAGAGUUUACAAGAUUUCGGCAAAAAGGGAGUUUUUAUUUUAAUUCUCCUGAUUCCGAGGAGGAGACAAACACAUCUAGUGCCGCUGAUAGUUCAGAUGAAGGUUUUGAUGCCAUUCAGAGACCUCACAUUCGUAUACCUUUUGAUAAUGAUGAGACAUACGACAUUCCUUUAUCUGUUGCUCCUGAAUCUUCAGAGGAAUCUCAUGAGUUCUCUCGUCACCAGCAGCAAGAAGUUCCAGUGAAAGACAGUGUCUACCCUUUAACUGUUCCCUCAGAUCCACCGUCUUCCGUUGCUCAUGUCACACUUCUACCUCCNUGUAUUCUAUGUCCGAUAAGAAAAAACCCCUUCGCCAUUACCGACAGGUCGGCAGAAUGUGACGUUAUCAAGAUUGACAUCCAAUGCUGGGUUCAAGGAGAUGUUGUUCUGGAGUGUGUGCAUAUGGAUCUAGAUCCAGAACGAGAGGUUAUGAUGUUUCGUGUGAUGUUCAAUACUGCAUUUAUCAGGUCCAACAUACUAAUGUUGAACUCUGACAACUUGGAUAUUCUUUGGGAGGCCAAGGAUCAUUACCCAAAAGGGUUUCGAGCAGAGGUCUUGUUUGGAGAAGUUGAGAAUGCCGCGCCUCAGAAAGUUCCAACCCCAAUAGUAAAUGGUGAUGAGACUGGUGGAUUGCCCAUUGAAGCCUUUUCUAGAGUUCAAGAACUUUUUAGCGGUGUGGAUUUGGCUGAGAAUGGAGAUGAUGCUGCGUUGUGGUUGCUGAAACAACUUGCUGCCAUAAAUGAUGCGAAAGACUCAACCACCACCUCCUCCUCCUCCCCCGCCNCUUCUAAAAUCAUCCCUCCACCCUCAGCUCAACCACCACCACCUCCUCCUCCCCCGCCACCUCCUUUUAGAAGCAUUCCUCAACCCUCAGCUCAACCACCACCGCCGCCACCGCGGCCACCUUCGUUUGGGAGCACAGGAAAUAAAUUUCAGGCGCAACCACCUCCACCUCCACCUCCUCCUCCAAUUCAAGCAACUCCUGCUGUUAAAUAUGCACCGCCACCACCACCACCACCUCCUCCCCCUAAGGCUAAUAUUUCAAAUGCCCCUAAGCCACCUCCUCCUCCGCCACUUCCUCCUUCAUCUAAAAAUUUGGGUGCUCCCCCUCCCCCUCCACCACCACCACUAUCCAAGACCCCCGCUCCGCCUCCACCUCCACCACCACCACUAUCCAAGACCUCUGCUCCGCCUCCACCUCCACCACCACCACUAUCCAAGACCCCUGCUCCGCCUCCACCACCUGUAUCCAAGACCCCCGCUCCUCCUCCUCCACCAGGGCUGGGUCGUGGUACAGGUAGUGGCCCACCACCACUGGGAGCAAAAGGUUCAACUGCACCACCACCACCUCCUUCUGCAGGAAGGGGCAGAGCUUCCUCAGGACUUGGAAGAGGCCGAGGCGGGAGUGUUCCUAAUGCUGUACCUAAGAAAACCGUGCUAAAACCUUUGCAUUGGUCUAAGGUUACUCGGCCAGCAAAAGGUAGUUUGUGGGCUGAUACUCAGAAACAAGAAAAUCAACAACGGGCCCCUGAAAUAGAUAUAUCAGAGCUCGAGAGUCUGUUUUCUGCAGUUUCAGAUACCACUGCUAAGAAAAACACAGGUCGCCGGGGUUCUAGUAUCAGCAAACCCGAGAAAGUUCAACUGGUUGACCUGCGAAGAGCAAAUAACUGUGAAAUAAUGCUUACGAAAAUAAAGAUUCCUCUACCAGAUAUGCUUAGUGCAGUUCUAGCCUUAGAUUCAUCAGCUCUGGACAUCGACCAAGUUGAAAAUCUCAUCAAAUUUUGCCCGACCAAGGAGGAAAUGGAAAUGUUAAGGAAUUAUACUGGUGACAAGGAAAUGCUCGGAAAGUGUGAACAGUUUUUCAUGGAACUAAUGAAGGUUCCACGUAUUGAAGCUAAGUUACGAGUGUUUGGCUUUAAGAUUACCUUUGCUUCUCAGGUUGACGAGUUAAAAAGCUGCCUAAAUAUAAUAAACGCUGCUACUAAAGAGGUGAAGGAGUCUGCAAAGUUGCGUCAAAUUAUGCAAACAAUUUUAACACUGGGAAAUGCUCUAAAUCAGGGAACUGCGAGAGGAUCUGCUGUGGGGUUCAAACUGGACAGUCUUCUUAAAUUAUCUGAUACACGUGCCAGAAAUAACAAAAUGACUUUGAUGCAUUACUUAUGCAAGCUUGUUGGUGAGAAAAUGCCAGAACUGCUGGAUUUUGCUAAUGACCUUGUUCACUUAGAAGCUGCAUCGAAGAUUGAAUUGAAAACGUUGGCUGAAGAAAUGCAAGCGGCGACUAAAGGCCUUGAAAAGGUUGAGCAAGAACUCAUGGCUUCAGAAAAUGAUGGUGCCAUUUCUUUGGGCUUCCGGAAGGUGAGCUACACAGUGAAAAUGUGUUCUGAGUUUGCUCAUAUGGGUAUCAGGAAUGUGCAUCUUGGUUAACUCAUUGCCAAAUGAUAAGAACCACAAAAUGUUUGUAG